AUGGCUACUCACGCACAAGAAACAUUCCAUGCAUUUCAAAAUGCAGUGGCUCAUAAUAUGAGUAAUUUUGAUGAAGCUUUAAUGUCUGACGAUGAAGAAGAAGAUUAUUGUCCAUUAUGUAUUGAACCAUUAGAUAUUACGGAUAAGAAUUUUUUCCCAUGUCCUUGUGGUUAUCAAAUUUGUCAAUUUUGUUAUAAUAAUAUUAGACAAAAUCCUGAAUUAAAUGGUAGAUGUCCAGCAUGUCGUAGAAAAUAUGAUGAUGAAGGUGUACGAUACGUAGUAUUAACCGCUGAAGAGAUUAAAAUGGAAAGAUCUAAUCAAGCUAAAAAAGAUCGUGAAAGAAAACAGAGAGAGAAAGAACGUAAAGAAAAUGAAUUUAGUAAUAGAAAACAUCUAGCUGGUGUUAGAGUAAUUCAAAAAAAUUUAGUUUAUGUUGUUGGUGUUAAUCCACAAGUUCCUUAUGAUGAAGUUUCAACUACUUUAAGAUCAGAUAAAUAUUUUGGUCAAUAUGGUAGAAUUAAUAAAAUCGUAGUCAAUAGGAAAAAUCCACACGGUGGUGAUAAUUCUCAUCAUCAUACACCGGGGUAUGGUGUUUAUAUUACAUUUGCAUCAAAGGAUGACGCUGCUAAAUGUAUUGCUAAAGUAGAUGGUACUUACAUGGAUGGAAGAUUAAUCAAAGCUGCCUAUGGUACAACAAAAUAUUGUUCUUCAUAUUUAAGAGGUUUAUCAUGCCCAAACCCAAAUUGUAUGUUCUUACAUGAACCUGGUGAAGAAGCUGAUUCAUUUAAUAAAAGAGAAAUGCAUGGUAAGCAACAACAACAACAGCAACAACAGCAGCAUAGCGCUCCUGUUGGAAGUGGUUCCUCCGCUGGUAAUAUUUAUGGCAAACCUUCUUCAGGAAAUAUUAUUAACAAUGGUUUAUCCUCACUGAAUACUUAUACAUCUGCAUCACCUUCUCCUGCAUUAGCAAAAGCUCAGUUACAUAAUGAUGGUAAUCUCGGUAAUGCUGUAUUGACUCCUGCUCCAAAACCAAGUGGUGCAAACCCAUGGGGUGUAAGUCAAUCAUCUACACCAGUGACAUCAUUGAAUUUAUCCAAGAACAUUAGUGGUAAUCAUCUACCAACAUUAGCCGAUACUUUAGCAUCUCAUAAUAAUUCUCAAACAGCUUUACAAUCUAAUCUUCAAAGCAAUGAUAUUGAAAACAAUGCUACAAAUAAUACUACUUCUACCACUACUAGCUCUACUACAACUAAUGAAAAAUCUCAUGGUAAGAAGAAAAAUAACAAUACAACAACUGAACAAAAUUAUGUUGAUCCAUAUGAUUCUCUUGGUAGUGCAGUUAAGUUUAUGGAUGAAACUAUUAAGAAAUUUUCAUCAUAUGAAAAUUGUAAUAUUAAAUUAAAAUCAAGUGUCACAAAGAAUCCAACGUACCAUAAUUAUCCUUCAUUAUUUACAUGGAAGAACGUUGAACCAUCUAAGAAAUGUGAUAAAAUAUUAACCAAAAAAUUGAUAGAUAUCUUAGCCAUAAAACCAACUGAUUACUCUACCUCAGUAUUACAAUUCUUACAAUCAGUUAGUAACAGUAAUGCUAAUAACCCUAAUACAACUCCAUUACCAUUACCAUUAGAUGGUGAAUUAAGUUCAAGUUCUGGUACACCAUUACCUCAAAGUAAUAUUAAUUUACAAAUCCAACCACCCCAAGGUAUCAAUGUGGGUAGAACUAUGCCAACAUCCCCACCUGGAAUGUUUUCCAAUGGUAAUACACCAGAUGGUCUUGGUAAAGACAAUAGUACUCCAACUAACAAUUCUUCUGAUCUAUUAAAUCAAUUAAUCAAUGGCAGAAGUGUUGCAGCAAACAACUAA